AUGAAGUUUGCAGUAGUAGCCAUCAUUGUCUGUUUGAUGAUGCUUCUUUCAGUAGCAUUCACAACUGAAUCAACAAAUCAAAUUGAAAGUUCACUUGAAACUGAUACCAUCCAAUACGAUAGCGUUUGUAUUGUUGAAAAUACUGGUUCUAGUGGAUGUGUAACUUCAAAUAAUAAUAUUAUUACAUGCCCAGUAUUAUCAAAUUGUAUCAAUAGCCAAACAUCAUCAAAAUCAUUAAACAUUAGAGUAAAGGAUGGUGUUUAUGGAAAGAAUGGUUCUGAAGCAUGCUCACCAUACUCAAUGAGUGCCAACUUUAGAUUGUUAAACAUUGAGUCAUACACACCCAAUUCGAAACAUGUCGACUUUUAUUGUGGUAGCACCUUUUUAAACUAUGCCUCUAUGUCGUUGCCAAAGAUUACCAUCAAUAUUAAGAAUAUCAAUGUUUAUCGUUUGAGAAGUAGUUUCCCUGCCGAUACUGGUGCCAUCGUUGUCAGCUCACCAUACGACUCUACUUUGAACCUUGUAAACUCUAAUUUUAACGGUUUCUACUCACAAGACAACGGUGGUACUGUCAACGCCCAAGGUUUCUAUGUCAUAUUGAACCAAACUACCAUCACCAACUCGGUCUCUAAUAUUAAUGGUGGUGCCAUCUACACUGAUGAACAAGUCAUCAUUGAUUCUUCCACUAUCGUAGGCUGCUCUGCCUUGUACAACGGUGGUGCCAUCUAUGCCGACCAAAUCUCAAUGACCAACGCCAACAUCUCCAACAACCAAGCUGCCAACUCUGGUGCCAUUGCCUCCAACAUCACCACAAUCUAUCAGUCCUACCUCAACAAUAAUCGCGCUUCACAUAAUGGUGGUGUCAUUGCUAUUGACUAUAAAGCCUCAUUCUUCUCUGCCGACCUCUCUGUCUUCCAAGGCAACACUGCUUCCAAUAAUGGUGGUGUCGUCCACUUGAAUGCAGUCAUUGAAUUCUAUGCUACCACUUGUUCAUUCUCAACCAGUGUUGCUCAAGCUGGCGGUGUCAUUUAUGCAUCGACUCCAUAUUCCCAAGAUGGAUAUGUAAAUAUGAAUUUAACUUCAAGUAGUUUCUUCUCUAACCGUGCAUUGAAUGAUGGUGCUGGUGACUGUAUCAACUUUGUAAACAGUCACAUCGGUAUUAUCGGUGGUGUCUUUUACACUGACAGUCAACAUUAUGGUCCAUUUGGUGGUCUUUCCUAUCUAUUGAAACUCGGUCCAGUAACCUAUACCAAUGAUUGUCCAAUCACCAAUCCACUUGUUGUUAACAAUGCUAAUGAUGAAUAUUUAUGUGGUGGUUUUGAGUCAUGGUCAUCAUCUAGUUACUAUUGGAGCAGUGAUUCUUCUAAUGGUGAUGAUCGUCAUGGAAGUAUGUUGGCCGGUCUCCUCUUUUCCAUUUUAGUCGGUAUCUUUGCUCUUGCAUUUUUCUUUGGUUUUACUAUUCGUGGAUUCAAAGAUUUUCAUCCAACCUUUAUUAUUAUCAAUAAUAAUAAUAAAAGAGACUAA